ACUUCUUGCCCGGACAUAACGUUCUUUGUAUACCCUCUCCUGCUUGACUGGUCAAUUAACCAGCUUAAGGGAUGAAGCAGCAUCAAGACCUGAGUUUCGGAGAACAAGGCUAUUAGGUCGGCGAUUAGCCAGCAACAUCCUCCUCGCUUACAGACAAGCCAGGAACAAUCCUUCUCGCUCAUAUAUAAAGCCAGGCCGUCUCGACUCUCUCUUGACUUCUGCAUUGCUUGCCUUCAUCACUACUCUUACCAUCUCUCGCAAAGCAGCAAACAGCAAACUCGCAUCUACUUGACAAACAUGACCAUCCUGCUCACCGGCGGCACAGGCAAAACGACCCUUCGCCUCGCUGCUCUACUUCAACACGCCAAUAUUCCUUUCCUUUCAACCUCACGCCGCGGCCCUUCUGCCUCCUCCUUCCCGACCGUAAAGUUCGACUGGGAUGACAGCAUAACAUGGUCUGCUACCUUUAUUCACUCGAUAAUCUCAGCCGUCUACCUGACCAGUGGAGAACUCUCCGAUCCAUCAAGUGAGAUCAACAAAUUCAUAGAUUUUGCAAAGGAGAAGGGAGUUAAGAGGUUUGUGUUAUGCUCUGACAGUACGGCGGAGAUGGGGGACCGUAUCAUGGCGAUAUGUGGCAGAAAUUGCAUGAGGAGGGAUUGGAGUAUUGUGUGCUAAGGCCGAGUUGGUUUAUAGGUAUGUUGACCAAAAAAAAGCACAUAAUUGCAGCUAUCGCAUCCUAGGCCCCCGAGCUUUCUGACCUACAAUGAAGUUGCACAAAAUGGUGAUGCUCCCUGACGAAAUUGUUGCUUCAUUGAGAUCUUUUUCCGUGUCGUAUUGCUUGCUACUUCGCAGCUUGGUCAGUCGUACGCUUGGAGUGCCAUAUGACAAUGAGAACAAGUUGGACCAGCACCUAUAAAGCAAGGUAGAAAAUUUCGAAAAA